AUGCGGCUCCUGUUCUUGGCGGUGCUGCGGCCUCACACUGGCAACGCGGUUACGGCUGGGCGCCUGCGGGACCACCUAGAAGCUGCAGGCCACAUGUGCGUUCUGAGAGAUGCCUUUGACUUUGAAAGCCCAUCUGAAAUUGCCAACCUGAUCGUGGACCAGAAUCUGGAAGCAGCACUAGCCCUUCACCUCUACCGAGGAGGCAGACUUCUGCAAGGUCAUGGCAUUCCUUUCGGGGUCAUCUUUGGUGGAACUGAUUUAAAUGAAGAUGCCAAUCACGAAGAAAAAAAGGAAGUCAUGGGGAAAGUCCUGGAGGAAGCCAGGUUUGCCGUGGCUUUCACCGAGGCAAUGAAGGACACAGCACAGGUGCAGUGGCCACAUGCAACUGGGAAGAUCUUUGUCCAGAGUCAAGGAAUUGCAACAAUACCAAAUGCCGAUUUUAAUUGGAACACCUUCCUCCAGCAAUCAGAGAUCGACCAAAGUGCUGAUGACCUGUACAUAUUCCUUAUAAUAUGUGGACUCAGACCCGUGAAGGAUCCUCUGUACCUGGUGGAUGCGUUCUCAGAAUGGCAUCAAGAAACACCCAAUGUUUACAUGGUGAUCGUAGGUCCUGAGGUAGAUCCAGUAUUUACAAAGGAAGUGAAAGACCGGGUGAGGAGGGCUGCAGGGGUGCGGCUGAUCCGAGAGAUGUGCCAGGAAGAUCUGCAUGCGGUGGUGAAGAGCUGCUUUGCGCUGGUCAACAGCUCAGUCUCCGAGGGCAUGUCGGCCGCCAUCUUGGAGGCAAUGGAUUUGGAAGUUCCCGUGCUAGCCAGGAACAUCCCUGGGAAUUCGGCUGUGGUAGAGCACGGAGUCACGGGACUGCUGUUUUCAAACCCUCAGGAGUUCAUUCAGUUGGCAAAGAGACUGGUUAGCGAUCCUGCACUGGAGAAGGAAAUCGUGACCAACGGAAGGGAGUAUGUGAGGACACAUCAUUCCUGGCAGGUGGAGAGAGACACCUACCAGCACCUCAUCAGGAAGCUGGAGAUGAGCUUGGAAGAUUAAAUGAUAGAAGUCUGUGCUCGCCACACCUGUCCCAACAACCAUCAGGUGCUCAGCUCUGGGUAGACGUCAAGAGAUGGGACCCAGUCCUGGACCACUGGAAUCCAAGAGUCCCCAGAAACAUAUCCACCCCCCAGGCUCCUCCUGUUUGGCAGACAGUUCUGCUGUGCUUACAGUUCAGUUCUGGAUGGACCUAUAGCUCACUUCUGAAAGUGUUUAUGGUUCAGUCCCAGAGGUGCUUACAGGUCAGUCCUCAGUGGGCUGGUAGGCUCACUGCUGAGAGUGCUUAUGGCUCAGUCCCAGACGUUGUUUGCAGCUCAGUGCAGGAGAUGGAGGUGCAUCUCAGGGACCUUUGGAGGAGUGUUCUAAGAACUGCUUUUACAGCUUAUGGAAGCUUAUUUAGAUGCAGCCACCGAGCAGACCCAUCCCCUGCCUUCACAAAGAAGAAACAAAAGGGUCAAGAGUGUCAAUGGAGUGGAGAUGGCAGCAUUUUUGAUAUGAUCUUGAGCUACAAGCCCUCAUGGGGUCCUGAUGGGCAUGGAGGUGGUAGAGGUGGGGGUGGGGAGGCAGGCUGUGGCUGGCACGCUAAUAAGCCCUGGAGAGGCUGUGAAUGGGUUGUAUCAGGUUGUGUCACUUCUCACUGUUGCACCUGAGAGCCGAGCAUGAGCAUGCUUUCCAAAAGAGGCCUUACCCGUCUGUAUGACAUCACAGGGAACCUGGACGAUGAUUGGAUGGCCCUCAUGAUGGAGGUUGGGUCCCUGAAUUCAGUUUGGGCGUUCUUCUCUCCUGCUAGGGAAUUGAGGAUGAGUGUUGACUGAAGUCACAAGACUCCACACAACAGUGGUACCCAAGACUGUGACAGGAGGUCACUGGGGCAUGGGAGGUCAGCUGGGGUGUGUUUGUGUGGGGGUUGUGUUUCGAUGAGAUAUCCCUACAACGGUGCUCCGUACCUCCAGUGGCCCUUUUGUUGAAUUUCAACAAGGCUGUGCUACUGUGAGCAGGAUGUGGAAUGGCUACCUGUGCUAAAGCAAGCAGCUUGGAGGAAGAGAGAAGACAAACGGAGCCAAGAGCCACUCGUGCAUGGAAAGCAUCAGGCUCUAAAGGAAAUGGAGGAAGAGUCAGAAUCCGUAUCAUACUUGCUCCAACUCAGAAGGCACAUCUGGGCCUUUUUCUUUUCUUAGCGGCAGCAAGCAUCUCCUUUUAAGAGAAGCAGGCUGGAAGGAAGCAAACUUUGUAAACCAGAGCUUCAGGGAUGAAAUCAGAGCUUGAUUCGAUAGGAUGUAAUUCCCAGCUUUUCUAUUCUGUACCUCAGAGCCAGCACCGACACUUUCAUGAAGGCUCCAGCGGAGGCAGCAGCAAGCCCUCACUGCUUGGUCUUUGAGCAUUUGGGGGCGCACUGAGAAAUGUGUCCACUUCCUUGGCCCUUGGCCUGAGCUAGGGUCUUACCUCUCUGGACACAAAAAGGGGGGUGGGGUGGGGUGCGAGUAAAGAGGUCUGAAUCUCCAGAGCAGCUCCUCUGAGCCCAGAGUUCAAACCCACGUCAGGAGAGGUGUGUAGAGGUCCCGUGUCAGAAUUCAAAGGUCAGGUGUCACAGUUAUUUACAAAAGCCGGAUGUUCUGGAAUGCUUGUCUCUCCUUUGCCUGGGGAUGAUGUCACUGCCUGACCACUGUGCCAGCAUCACUAAGCUACAUCUGCAAAUGCGCUUUGGGGAAGGAAGGGUUCUUAACCAAUAAAGCACGUUACCAUCAGUCAUAUAUAUA